CACACACAAAGAAGAUGGAGGGGAGAGGACAUCCCUACUUUGUGUUGUUCGUCUUUCAUCUAGCAAUGUCAUUUGUUCAAGGAAAUAAUCCAAUUCCAACUGCAGUUAUCCUGAGUUCAAAUAGUGAUUCCACAAUGGAGUUACAGACUGACAAAGUGGAUAUUAAUCCUACCACAGUGGCCGAUUAUGGUCCCAACAAUGUGGCCAUUCAGUAUACCGGCGACCGUAAGGAAUUAUGGGAAGGACGUGGAGAGAUAAUCAUCACUUGUAAUGCAGACUGUAAUCCACGGUGUAAUUAUUGGAUACGUCACAAUGGACGCGACGUAUCUACAGGAAAGGCAUAUGCGUUCAGCAUGGAUCGGAAAAAAUCGGGAGAGUACAGCUGCGCAGCCAGGAAUUCUGUGUCUACUUCUGCAAGUUUCUCUAAAACUAUCAUGCUCGAUAUUAAAUAUGGACCCACCAAUGUGACAAUUCAGUAUACCAGCGAUCGUGAUGAAUUAUGGGAAGGGGAUGGAAAAAUAAGCAUCACUUGUAAUGCAGACUGUAAUCCACAAUGUAAUCGGUGGAGGUUAUACCACAACAGACGCUGGUUAUCUUCAAAACAGACAUAUACCUUUGCCAUGUAUCGAGAAAACUCGGGACAGUACAGCUGCACAGCCAGGAAUUCUGUGUCGACUCCCGCUAUUUCCUCUAAUUCUAUCACGUUCAAUAUCAAAUAUGGACCCACCAAUGUGACAAUUCAGUAUACCAGCGAUCGUGAUGAAUUAUGGGAAGGGGAUGGAAAAAUAAGCAUCACUUGUAAUGCAGACUGUAAUCCACAAUGUAAUCGGUGGAGUUUAUACCACAACAGACACUGGUUAUCUUCAAAAAAGACAUAUACCUUUGCCAUGGAUCGAGAAAACUCGGGACAGUACAGCUGCACAGCCAGGAAUUCUGUGCAGGGGACUAAUGUAAAGUCCUCUAACACAGUCAGACUUCAUCUCAAAUAUAAGACUGUCAGGUUAUCACCCAUAAAGAAGAUUUUACUUGAUGUAAACCGUAACCUUCCAUCCAAUGUUGUGUGUACCAUUGACUGUAACUAUGAAGGUUGUGAUUCUUCUACCAUCACGGUUCUGAGGAAUUCCGAGGUCUACAAUACGAUUGACACUAACCAGAGCAUAUUUCCAAGUCGACAAGCGCUUGUUUCCGAUGAUGGAAUUUAUAAAUGUAAAUUAUCUGACAACACCGAGUCACAUGAAAACUUUCAACUGGCCAUUCUCUAUGGACCAAGAAACCUCAGCAUUAUGAAGGGCAGGGGAAAUGCUGAUGCUGAAAUUGUUCUGAUAGAAUGGGAUUCUGGUACUUCGCUGACAUGUUCAGCAGACUGCAAUCCAGCAUGUAAGACAUCGUGGUAUAAAGAUGGGCAACUGCUGUCUCAUCAACAACACAAGACCAUACAUAUUACAUCCGAUAGACGAGAGUCUGGAAACUAUAAAUGUGAAGCCAGUGGAGUUGAAGGGACUGUAUCUUCUACACAAGUGAAAAUAACAGUUCAAUUAUGUUGGAUAAACAAUGCAAACAAUAAUAAUAUAGAAUUGAGAAUGAAAUUAAGAGUCAGGAUGUCCAGUAAAACGGGUUACAGAGGUAUCGAAUCAGGCAGUGUUCACUGCAUAACGAAUACUUACUGUGUACACUGA